AGUUUAUUAAUAUAUACCUUAUAUUUAUAGUUUUAAUUCUUGUAAUAAGAGAUAUUAUAUUUCAUCAAAUAUGAAUAUUCUACCAAAGAAAAGGUGGCACGUACGUACAAAGGAAAACAUAGCUCGUGUACGUAGAGAUGAGGCAAAAGCAGCAGAAGAAGAAAAAAUCAAACAAGAACGAGCUCAAAAAGCUGAAACUGAAGCAAGAAUUAAUUUUUUGAGAGAAAAAGCAAGAACAAAAUAUGAUGGACGAGCAGAGACACUAAAAACUGAAACAGAAGCAACUACUUCUAAAUUAGAUCAUGUUAAUUUUUUUGCUGACCUUGAACAAGGAAAAGUUGAUUACAAUAAACCUAAUGUAGAACAUGAAAAGGAGAAAAAGGAAGAAAGAGAAAAAUAUGAAAAACAAAUUGGCUAUCUUACUUAUCUUGGACAAGACACUAAUGAAGCAACUGGUAAAAAGAACUGGUAUGAACAAUUACCCAAACGAUUAACAGAUACAGAAAAAGAUGUAGAAGUAGAAGUAAAAAAGAAGGUAUUAAAUGAUCCAAUUCAUGAUAUUAGAAAAUAUUUAAGCCUUAUGGAAACAAGUUCUACAGAAACAGUUCAAAAACCUAAAUCAGGCUCUCUUACACGUAAAAGAGAUUCUUUGGAAGAAAGUGAUUCAGGUAAUGAAGGUAGACCUUCAAAAAGGCAUAAACAUAAAAAAUCUAAGAAAAGCAAGAAAGAAAAAUAUAAGGACAAAGAAAAACCAAGCAUUGAUAUAGAAAAAUUGAGAGCAGAGAGAUUGUUAAGAGAACAGAGUGAAAAGUUAAAGGCAGAAGCAUUAUUAGCUAAAUUAAGAGGAGAUCCUAUUCCAACAGUAAAACCGGAAUCACCACCUAAAACAGUUAUCAAACAAAAAUAUAAUUCACAGUUCUUUCCUGAAAUUGCUAGACAAAAUGCUGAAAGAACUCCUAAUGUGCAUUCAACAAAGAAAUAGCAUUCUAUUGUGCUGUGUUGAUAUUUAAAAAAGUGGUGUGUAUUAUUGUUACGUAAAUAAUAAUUUACUUGAAGGAUUUUGUA